GAUAUUCCGUCGCAGAGCUGGGAUGCGUCGGACCUGCAGUUCGUCUAUGGCCAAGCCAGCUGAUCCAGCUGCAGCUGCCCCAACAGUGUGAUGAAGGCAUGAUGGACAACUGUCCUCCGAGUGCAGCUUCUGUCCCACGAACUCUGGAGGACUAUGGAGAGAAACAUCCAGAUCGCCAAUCACAAGAUCGAGAACGGAGACCAACUUGGACAAUGACUUUGCCUUUCGAGCGGCAACACAAGAAUCGCUUCCCGGAAAAGUCCG